CUGUCUCUUCAUCCAUUUCAAGUAAUAACUGAGUUCAGCGCAACAUGGUCGACCGUGCGCGAUCGCUUUUGGCGUAGAGCCGAUUGGCCGUCGAGCGUCGAUUGUCAAGCAAUCAUCUCACGAACGGAUAUUUUCAAUCAAAAAUGGUUCCCCCAGGUGUUUAUCAGUCCGGAGAACAAGGGCUUUUUGAUUGCUGAGUAUUUGACGAAAGGCAUCGGUUUGGAGCCUCACGAGGAUCAUCCUUUACCAUGGCGUGAACCAUACUGUAAGGAGGUCAACAUGGUUGGACACGAACUUAGUUUUCUUUCUGGUUUGGUCACAGCCGUGAACACCCGUCCGUCCAAAGAAUACGCAGAAAACCGACUGAAAUCGGUAUUGGUCCGAUUGGCUGAUCGAAUAAUGGAAGACAUCGAGAUUGCCCAGAGGAUUCGAUCAAUGAUGGAGAAUGACAUUGGUCCGAGAUGGCUGGCUGUCAAUCUAGCGGCGUUAUACUGGCGUGUGAAAGGGAAUCCGAAACAGGCUGCUUUCUGCCUCAUCGAGGCGAUUCUAGCACAGCAAAGUUACACGGACAUCGCGUUCACUCAACUUGCACAAUUGAUUUUGAAAGUGACGGGUCAAAGAACUGAGCCGGCAAGGCUCCUUCUCAUGGCCACUGGUGCUGAUCCGAAUGAGGUAAGCACAUUAACCACUCAUACUGCUUCGAGCGUCGCUGCGUUGUUGUCAAACGACGUUGAUGGGGCGUUGAAACAUCUGAAGUUGUCGCUGGAUAAGGACCCGUUCAAUACCGUGGUGGCGGAAGAUUUGCUCAAAGUGGCGUGCAGUGGAAAGUCGUCCAAAUUAGCGAUUUCGUCACGAUUCCCCACUGUGUGUUGCUCCUCUGUCGUUCAGAAUGCUGUCUGUUUCAAGCUUGGUCACAAUGCUGCCGAGCAGUGCUAUGUGGUAGAUCCAGAAAGUAACUCAGGUCGCUUGAUUUACAAUCGAUGCAAUGGUGUGUAUACGGGAGCGAGCUACGCAACAGCACCGUAUGUGAACAUCGUGUCUCCAUUUUUGCCAAUCUUCAAUACAGUAUCGAAACGUGAGAAUCCACCGUUCAUUGAGGAUGAAAGCAGCGUGCAAACGAUUGACACUGACGAAUUGCCAUUGGAUUACGGUGGCUCAGCGGCAUUCUUCGCUCCUCGUCCAGUUGAAUGGUGGACGCGUGCCAAGAAUGAGAUGCGUUAUGUGGUCUCUACUGGUGAAGGGGAUAUAGACUGGUGGGAAGAAGAGGGUGAAAGCGAACUGGCCGAGGUGCCACCGGAACGUCGCGAAAUGUUACGUUUUGAUGCGAAAUUACCAGCGCUUUUACCGGCGCCGUCAAUGCAUCAAAUUCGUAAAGGACUGUCCCGAUUCCCUCCACCACGUCAGUCACAUAACGUGUGCAGUGGCGUGAAGAAGCUUUCCGUCUUGCUCGAAAAUCAAGUGUCAACGUGGGUUUCGGUAACAGCUAAAGGUGAAGAUAUAGCAAAAUAUGUUGAUUUGCGUGGACCUGUACCUGGGAUCGCUGGCCUGCAGCCGAUCUGCCCUUCAAUGGAAGCGUCGCCGAUUCUGGGCAUGCACCAUUUGCCUGCAUUCGCAUUAAGCGAUCAGUUUUUGUUCUACAAACCAGAGAAAGCGCUGACUGAUGCUCUGAAGUCAUUGGGAAACGAGCGUGAUUCAAUCGAACAUGUCGCGGCCCGAUUGCACACAGCGCUGCUGGCAAACGGCAUGGGCAAAAGUUGGUAUAAAGUAUUUAUUAAUUCUGUUUCGAUGAUACUGUAA